GCCGCGGCGCCCCGCGGAGCCGGGCAUGGGGGCCUGGCAGCUGAGACCCCCCCGCCCGGGGCGGCCCCCGCCCGGCGCCGCUGCCUCUCCCCCCGCAGGGGUGCGAGCAAACAGGUGCCUCAAGGGCUGGCUGGACUUCAGGGGCAAUUGCUACGGGUAUUUCCGGCAGGAGCUGCCCUGGAGGAAGGCGGAGGCAUGGUGCAGGGUCGUCAGGGGCGGCUGCCACCUCGCCUCCAUCCACACCUCAGAGGAGCACAGAGCAGUCGCCAAAUUCAUCAGCCAGUGCCGACGGGGCGAGGAGGGAGAUGAUGUCUGGAUCGGCCUCUACCACUGGAACAAAUCCUGGUCAUGGAUAGAUGGAUCCAAGAUGCAUUACUCUGCUUGGGACGAUGAGGAUUUCUCAAAGGGACAAUACUGUGCGGCGCUGGAGGACUCCUCAGGUUUCUUGUCCUGGGAGGAUGAUGCUUGCAGCGAGAGGAACGCCUUCAUCUGCAAAUGCGCAGCCUAGGCAGCAGGGUCACCACUGAGCUGCUCUCCGCCUGGACAUCGCCCUGCACCCUGCUCCCCUGUGCUCUGCACCCUGAUCCCCCCGCCGUGUCCAUGCACCCACUCCCUCCCGUGUCCAUGCACCGUGCUCUCCUGUGUCCAUGCACCCCAUUCACCCCGUGUCUAUGCACUCCGCUCCCCCCGUACCAUGCACCCCACUCCCCUGUGCCUUGCACCCUGCGCUGUGCGCUCCCAGACCCCUGGCAGCACCACUGCAGUUGUUCCGUCUCCCCAGCGGCAGCUCAGCGAACUAGCAAUAAA